CAAAUCGUCGAAGGUUGGGAUUAUACAUUUUUAAAGUGCUGCGCAGAAACCAUGAUGGGAGAGGGGAGGGGAGGGGAGGAAAUUAGGAAGUUGAUCCUAUGCAAUUCCAAUCAAGACAACACGUGCAGGAAAUGAAGAACAAAAAUUAAUGCACUAUCAGACAAUUUGGUUUUAUCUUGGUCUAAUUCCGAGCAUGCAAAAUUUAGGAGAGUUUUCCUAUCUCGUCCAAUACGCCACUUCGACCCACACAGAUCCUGUUCUUAUUUUAGACUGUCCCCCAACCCACCCCACUUCGUUUUUGGCAUCAGCCCAUGCCGAGCGCAGGCCAUUUUGCUCGAGCAGACGCCGAGUCUUUGGCUCGUCCGCGCAUCUACAGUGUAGGAACUUCCGGCUUGUUACACGACGAAAUCAUGUCUCUAGGAUAGGACUUAGUGAGCGAUUAUUUGGAAUCUCUUUCUCUUCGUGUGUAAAACAAUACUUCUGAAAAUGAUGUUCCAAAGAUUCAUGACGCUAGAGUGAACGUGUCUGUGCACUAUUUUUCGAUGCGCAGUGGACUGUAUGAAUGGCCAGACGCUUCGCUACGUGACUCAUUUAUCGCUGCGCGUUAUCGCCAUUGUAGUGUUGUUUUGUGACAGCGGAGUGUGCAUGUGUGUGUAUCCCGCACAGUAGUUCAAACUAUCCAGUUCAAAUUGACUCGUAUGGCUGACCUUCUGCGCCAUGGCAGCCUUCGGCGACGACCUGGAGUCAGAUGUUAACCGUUUUCAUGAAGAUCUCAGUCUUUUUGAAGUGCCCUCUCCGCAGUCCUACUGGCGCGAGGUAACAGCAAUGCGAUCGGAUACUUCUGCCAGCGAUGACUUCCGACAAAAACAGAACGUUUACAUGAGCAGCAUGCAACAACAACGCAGCCAGGUGCAAACAGUGAGGUAUUCGCCGAAAAACACUUACGCGGGCACAGUUCAGACGAGUGAACACCGGGCAGCUUUCUCGUCGUCUUCGUUGAGUGUGAGAGAAGCCAAGCCCCCCAUCCCUUCGGGUUGGUCGGGGCUGGGUACCGGAGGAACUGUUGUGACCAACAAUGCAACAUCCUGGCAAGGUAAGGCUACUGGUGUUCCCCAUCAUCCCCAUGUAAUCAACCCUGGGGAGAGUCGUGGCGUUGUGAUUCCAGGUUCGUUGUACCCGUCUCCCCGAACAGGGAGCAUGGUGCAGUCACAGACAGUGCAGCAAAGUCAUCAGCAAACGAUCUAUGCUAACUUGCCUAGCGCUGGUAUGAACACAGGCUCCAGCUAUUCUAGCCCUCGAUCCAGCCUGGGCAGCGGCGGGGAUUCAAAAAACUCUAGCCCCCGAACUAGCCUCACUAACCCCUCCCCACCUCCCUAUGACCAGAGGUUUGGGAGUCCACGCUCCAGUGUUGCCAGUCCGCGAUCAAGCAUAGUUUCUCUUGAGUCCAAACACUCCAGCCCACGUGCAAGUCUUACAGGCGUGCUGUUGGAUAAAUUUCCAUCACCAAGAAGUAGCCUGGCUGGUGGUCCACAGGAUCGGGUGGCUCUACAGCGGGCAUUGGCUGGACUGGAGCAAGACUUAUACUCAAAUGUAUCGAACAUGCCGCCCUCUUUCACUUCUCUGGGUCCACGCAGUGUCCCUCUCCUAAGUGAUAAUCGUUUCAACGAACCAGCACCACCGCACAUUUACACAGACCCACGGAUGCGUACUUUACCACCACAACCGCCGGCCAGCAUGCAGUCUGGUCACAGCAGUUCUAGCCCUACUCAAAAUGGUGUGCACUCUUUUUCCAAUUCCACGCCAGGAGGUUUAAGUAAUGGGGAACCUUCUCCACCGGUUAUUCCUGCAAGGGUUCCUUUACACCCAGUCAGUCAAUCUGAUGCAGAGAAAAAACUGGCAGCACUGACACAGCAACUGGAACGGGAUAUGAGGCUGGUCAGUCCUGGUCCUCAUAAAGCAUCCCCAGAGACUCCUCCAGAACCUCCACCUCCCUACCAUGGACCCCAUGAACUGGAGAUGACAUCAUCACUUCAAAGCCAGCCAGUGCAAACAGGACCACCACUAACAAGGGCCCACACCCAGGGCAAGACCCCUGUCCGGCUCAUUGCCCCUGUUCAGGGGGUACAAGUGCAGUCCACACCUUCCCAAUCCAGCUCUGGGGGUAAAGGUUUGUCAUGGCAGAUAACACCACCCCGUGGGGUGGGACCAUCUGAGGCAGAGAAGAAGUUGGCAGCAUUGACCCAGCAACUAGAAGAUGAACUGGAUCAGGUUCCGCAAGGAGAAUACUUUGGCCAGUGCUACACUUGUGGAGAAAAAGUGACUGGGGCAAGUGAAGCAUGCCAAGCCAUGGGCAACCUGUACCAUACCAGGUGUUUCACAUGCUGCUCGUGUGGUCGGACCUUGCGGGGCAAGGCUUUUUACAAUGUACAUGGGAAAGUUUACUGCGAAGAAGAUUACCUGUAUUCUGGGUUCCAGCAGACAGCAGAAAAAUGUGUCAUGUGUGGGCAUCUGAUCAUGGAAAUGAUUCUUCAGGCCAUGGGCAAGUCUUACCACCCUGGCUGUUUUCGCUGCUGUAUUUGCAAUGAGUGUCUGGAUGGAGUGCCAUUUACGAUUGAUGUUGACAACAAAAUCUACUGUGUUUCAGACUAUCACAGGGUUUAUGCACCUAAAUGCGCAGCCUGUGGUCAAGCAAUUACACCUGUUGAUGGUACAGAGGAGACUGUGCGAGUGGUUUCAAUGGACAAAGACUAUCAUGUGGACUGUUACCAUUGUGAGGACUGUGGCCUUCAGCUGACAGAUGAACCUGACAAGCGUUGCUACCCUCUGGGUGAACGGCUUCUGUGCCACACUUGUCACAUCAAGUGUUUAUCAUCUCAGUACCCUGACCAGACCUUCUUUGUCGACCCAACAACCCGUAACAUUCAAAACACUGCCCGUGAUCCCCGCCACAGUUUGUCCCUACCUGCAAGCUGCCCAUCCUCUUACACGGCAGUGUCCAUGCAGAACUUUGGAGCUCCUCCGCUGAUGCUGUCGGGAUCAGGUGCAGGUGCUGGUAGUGGCAGCAGCAGUGGCAGUACAGGUGGCGGAAUGGGCUUCGGUCCUGGCUUCUACCCACAUUCUGGCCUGCACUAUGGGAAUGGCACAUCAGUGCUUCCCAAUGGGGGCUCCCUGCCCCCUUCACCCCUCAGUCCACAGCAUGUGUCAUCAAGCAGAGACAACAGCUCCACCAGCAACUACCGCUCUGCCCCAAUCCCACCCCAGCCGUCCACCCUCCCACCACCACGGCCUACAAGUGCCAAGCCUACCACCUACACCAUCACAGACUUGUAACUUGGAUUUUGACAUUUUCAGCUGUUUGAUGUCUGGUUGAAGAACACAUUGAGCCAUCUGUCUUCGUGUUAGUUUGUCUCAUGCUGACUGACAUUUAAACAAACAAUGCAGACAUCAUUUGCUCACUUCACCUUCCUCAUGGUAUCCCAACAUGCCCUAGUAUUAGAUAGAUACUUAUGACCAUAUUUAUAUGUCAUUUUUGUAAAUUGUUUUUCAGUUACAUGAUUUUCAUCAGUGUCCAAGAUCCAAUUUAAAGACAUCAUAUAUCUGAGCCAUUGAUUAUUUAUCGAACAGUGAAAAUCCCAGAUAAGCAGUGGUGGUGGAUUUCUGGACCAGAGAAAUAUUAACUGAUCAAAAUGACAAGAUGACAUGCUUAAGAUGUUGCAUAAAGUGUCUUAUGCUCAAAUGUGGCAGAAAAGAGAAGAGUUCAUCAGGUCUAAGUAUUCUUGUAGGUGUGUAAAUAUCUCCCUGUCACCAAACUGUUUCUCUAAAAAAAAUGAUGUGCUUUUUUCAUGACAGCUGAAACAUUUUUAAAAUCUAAAAUGUUUAUUAUGCAGCUUAUCAUUAAGUCUUAACCGUGUUGCAGAGAUCAUGUGAGUUUGGUCAACGGAUUAAUUUGAGCCGCCGAAAAUAUAUGAACUAAAUCUGAAGCUGUGGUGGUCAUAAAGAAAGAAAAAACUUUCAAGAAAGGGGUCAAGAGAUUCUAAACUUAUUCAAAAUCAUUAAUGUCUAACUCAAAUCUAGUUUUGCUUUGAUGGGUUAUCUGUACCUACAAGGUUUGGGUUAAAAAAAAAAAAGAGAUUGAGAUCUAUUAUUUUUGUGAUAGUUACUGCCAACACCAUUGAGAAAUUAUUUAGUAACUUGUAUAAUGGGAGGUAAUUUAUCUUCCAGAGAUAUCAGCUUUGCAUGACAAUAUGUAAUACCCCUUUCUCUAGAUGUGUGUGGUUAAAGACAGUUCUUUCUUCAGAUUGCCACUUUCGUAUUGAGUCUGUCUAACAAAAGCAUUUUAUAAACUCAUUUCGAAUAGCAGACUAAUAUAGAGCUUUCAUUUACAGAGGACAGUUACACUUCUGAGUCAGUGGUUUUAUGCUGGCCUGUAAGACAUCUGGUUUUGAAAACAAAAUGUGCCAGAAGAAAGAAAAUAAGUUCUUUGUUCACCACAAACAAGUUGAGAAUCUUAAAAAUUGCAAAAAUAACAUAACAAGAUACAAACGCAGUUGUUUUUUUUUUGGGGGGGUUAAAAGUAGGAUUAAGCAGUUGUCUUUUUAAUUCACAAUAACUUAUGUUUUCAGCAUCAUGAAUUCAAGAGAAGGAUUAGAGUAUGAAUUAAGUUGAUCCAGAUAAACUUGUCAUUACUGUUUAUAUGCAAAUAUUGUCAUUGAAUAACACUCUAGUAUUGUUAUUGAGGUGUUGAAAUGAUGUUGGUCUGGCAAAAGAAAAGCAAAAGCAAUUUUUAAAAUUUGGUAAAGGGUUGAUUGAUUAGAUAAUUUUUUUCCUGGAAUUGUUGAGAUGACAUUAGGAGUAUAAAGAGAUUAAGAUUUUGGUUUGUCAGAGGGAGGAACCCUUCUCUAAGUAACCUUGCAGAAACACUAAGCUUAUAUAUUUCUAAAGGUCUUUAACUGAACACUAGUAGAUUUGUGAUGUAAUACAUGCAUUUCUUUGUUCAGUAGUGGAACAUGAGUUUAAUUGUGUAGUUUCUAGUAAGAAAAUCAUGGGAAUACUUAAUAUUACCACUAAGAAAAGAAGUAGUUGCUGAAUGCACCUUUGAGAGAGAUACUAAAAUUUUAUUAAGUGUGAAAGGUUCCUUCCAUCUCUUGUUGAGCUGGAGGUAGUCAUUUUGAACAAGACUUAAUAGCUAAAAAAUUUGAAGUUACUGACAUAUUUAGCUGAUCCUAUGAUUGGCUUGUUCAUUGUCUUACCCUGUGAUAUAAAUAGUACCACUUGAUGAGCUCUAAUGAAAUGACAUGAAUUGGAAGCUUAUGGCUUUGUCGUGAACUCUUUUUUUUCUACUUGUACAUAUCAUUGUGUGUCACAGGUUGUGGUACUACAUAUGCAUGAACGUUUCAGGAAAGAGUUGUUGCCAAAAGAAAAAAAAUCAUCUGCAGGUCAUAACUCAUGUAUGUCAUGUUUUCAAAGUUUCCAGACUUUGAAAGUUGGUGCAUAUUUGUCUUUCACUUUUUAAAAUCACCUUAUGUGUGUCAUUGUGCUGUAUAGCCAAAUUAUUUCUAAAAUGAAUCUCGAGAGAAGGCUGUAUUUUUGUGCUUUUUUUUUUUCAUUUUGUGGAAUGUAGUGCAUUUCCACAUGGUAUCUGCACUUAAUAUAGGAAUGCAGCAUUGUACCAUGAAGGUGUCAUUCAGCUGUUGUUGUGUGUGCAUACAAUGAGUCUUACCACAAUGGUUGAUGUCAAGUCUGGUUGCCUAGACUUAAGGACGAAAGAAGUUGCCAUCUUUAACAUGACAUGUAAAUGAGGCCAUAUUUAUAUUUCAAUCACUUAACUGAAUUGUGGUUAAAAUUAUUUAUUUAAAAAUUGGGUGUUGUUGGCUGUCAUUUUCUAUGAAAACAACAUAUUUUUCUAAAUAUCAUUGUGUAUGUAUGCAUCAAUAUCCUAAAUCGAGAAAGAUUUGAAUUAUAUUCAGUCUCUAAGUGGUUAAUGUGAAGAAGUUUGCUUCCAUAAAGCAGACGGUCACAUGGGUUUUGCCCAACCAGCUAAGCCUGCCACUGGUACAAGCUGUGUGAAAAUACAACUUGUAAGUCAUCAUCCCAUUUGACUAGUCCAGAACUAUCAAAGAGGGAUCCUGUCUGGACAUCCCAACCCUGUUGUGCUAAUUGAAGGGCUCACCAUGAUGGAGAGUUCUGUCAGCUUCUUUCUCUCCCUGUCUCCUCCUACAUCUUCCCCUACCUCAUCCAAGUGAAUGUAAGUCAAUGAUCAAAGCAAGCUGAAUUGGGGGACUCACUUGUUCAAGAAGAGAAUUCUGUGCUAAAGCUAAUAGCUUUUGAUUUAUUUGUGUAUCUCUCUAUCUUGCAGUUGGGUGAAGGAGAGAAAGGAUGUGCUAGUCCUUAGUGUGGCUGUGAACAAGGAGAGCAUGUUGAUUGUUGCAUGCACCGGCAGGCAAUUGGUGAGGCACAAAACAUCACCAGCAGGCAUAGAUGUUCAAGAGUUUUGCAUUUAUUUAAAAAUAGAUUGAUUCCAUUUGAAGUGCAUUUUAAAAGAUGCCAUACCCACUUCAAGCUGUGUUUAAAAUAUAAUUUUUCUCCUUGAAAAGAUUAAUACAUUUGUGGUGUAAAUCAUUAUAGCUUUGGAUGACAUCUGGGGGCUUUAUAAUUUAAAACCAUAUUGACUGCAGUAUACAUUUAUCAGCAGAUCUUGAAAUAAGAAAUGCACACAGGGGAAUGGAGAAGAAAGAAAGCAAGCAAAAAGUCUAGUUUGAAAAUAAGAUUUUUUAUGUAAAAUGAUUUUUCUUCUGAAAGUUAUGAAUUUGGAGUAGUAUUAACAGCUACUGUGAAGUUAAAAGAAGUCUAAAUGUUCACAACAUUGAUUUUGGCGCAAGAAUUUGGAUGGUUGUAGAGGGGGUCGUCUGAAAUAUUAAAUGCUUAAACACAUCAGGCAAGAUCAUCUGCUGAAGAUGCAUGGUCCUAACAAUGUGAUGUGACAACGGAGCCAAGUUUAAAGCAACCGAGUUAUUUUUAAUGUAUAUUGAAGCUGAUGACUUCAUUUUUACUUAAUAUUUUGAAUACAGUUGAUGGGCAACAUUUUGUUUCAUAUUUCAUGUACCUAUGUACAUAGCUUGGAUUUUUUUUCCCUUGCUUUAAUUUAAAUAGUUGAGAUGCUGCUGUAGAUCUGUGGUCAAAUAAAAAGUUUAGUUGAUAUUUUCUACAAUCAUUCCAGUAAAUGAGCAGGUAUUGUGUCAUAUGCAGUGAUCGCCACCCACCUUAACAGGGUUUCCAACUCUUAAAAAUCAGCUUCUUUACUUACAAAGAGUUUCAACACAAAAUGCUGCAUUUUCUUUGUAUUCAGAAUGAGUGCUUUGAUGUGAAAGGGAAGGUUGGGAGUGAAAUGCUUGAGAAAAAGUGUACAGGGUACCAAAAGGUGACUUUAGAGAAGUGUGUGUGUGUGAAGGCAUGUUGGCAUAUUAGCAGAAGCAAUAUUUAUCUAUAUUGAGCAGGGUAGACUGCAAAUACUAAUUGUUAAUAAUGUGACUUGUAAAUUGAGUUGUAGCAAUUCUUUUUUUCCAUGUAAACAGAGUUCCACCUUCCUUUUAAUGCAAUUGUGCCUGUAAGUUAUAUUUUUAAGUCAUAAUUCUAUAGAUUUGUGUUCAGAUUCCUUAAAAAGUUACAGAAAAGGGUGAGAAUUGUAUCUACAGCUUAUAUGGCUCUUUCCAUUUCAGUAUUGAAAAUUGUGCUGAUUGUACCAAAUUCUUUUCAACAAUUGUGAACAGUGUAUAGAUAGUACCUUGUACAAAGGAAGCAGCAGUGUACCAGUUGAUGGAGAAGCUCCAACAUAGAUUUUAAGUAAAAGCUUUAGUUUUGCUGCUAUUGCCAUUUUACCAUCUUUCCAUUAGUAUUUGUGAUAUGAAGUAAAACAUUCAGAAAGGCACAAAGUUCUUGUUUUAGUGAUUUUUAAAAUUAUUUAGCACAAGCAUGUCUGUUGCAGGCAUUGGAACUAUUUUACUGUCUGCUUGCUUUUGAUCCAUAUCUAGUCUUACCCCUUUUUUUUCUUCCAUGUGACUGUCUCAAAUUUUCUGGGUUUGUUUUGGUGUUCUGUAUACACUUCCUAGCAACCACACCAUGAAACUGUUUCUUUAUAAAGUGUUGGUUCUUAUGGUAAUUUACAUUUGUUGCAAGUUGUUUUUAUUCUAAUGGUCUUGCCAUUUUCCAUGGAAACCAUGUUCUUGUUCAACCUUUUCUAUUGUGAAAGUGUACCAUAAAACUGGAGUUUUAAAAACACUGAGUACAGAAAAGUUGGCAUAAAAAUCUAUGCUAUUGAUUCUAUUUUCAAGUUAUGUAGAACCUAUGUGGCAAAUUUGCCUAAGAAAUUCAAGGUUAGAUCAUCAAUGACAUUAUCUUAGAAAAUAUUUCUUUCAUUCAAAAAUGAAAUUUAAAAAAGCAGAUUUUUUUUAGUGAGAAGGAAAGUGUGGAUUUAAAAAAAAAGAAGUGCCUGAUUCUUUUUUAGUGUUGUUUAUAAAUGGGUCCACAAGGAAAAACAUGCAUACUCUAAACCGUGAAUUGUUUUGAAGCAUUCACCAAUGGAAUUCUUUUAGUACAAAAUCAAAACUAUUAUUUCUAGGUCUUCCAUUUUUCUCUACUUCUUCUACACAACCAGUUUCUUUUAUGUUCGAGGCAUAACUUUUUAUUUGAAAUCCAUUUUUAUAUAAUUGUUUUUCAGAUGAUAGCAAAAAAAAAAAAAAAAAAAUUCUUGUUUUGCAUCGCAUCUGUUCAUUCAUUUUCCUUCAGCUUUUUCCCCCUAAUGUAAUAGGUCUCUAAAAAUUGGGAGACUUUAUGGUUGAUUUAAGUCUUUUUGUGCAUUUUUCCUGUCAUUGGCACCACAAAAUUAAUGCACAAGUGAAUGGUAGUGUAAUACACAAGUAUACUAAAGACUCAUUUAGCAGAGAACAGGGCAGAGCAUAUGACACCAAGACUCUGUCCUUGUGUAAGUUGAGAUGGAACACGACUACCUUUUCCUAUAAAAAUGGGCAAGCAUAGUGGAAACUUCAAUUUUGUUUAUGAAGAAAAAAAAUCAGCCUGUGAAUUUGAGUGUUUUUAAGAGACUUGAUCUGGACCCUUUGUGUGAAAUGUUUAUGCUGUUUUGCUUGCUAAAUUUAUUGUCCCUUGUAUUUGCGCUACAGUAAUGCCAAGCAACAUUUUGACUUGUUGGCCACAGCGAUUUAGUGUGUAAUUUGACCGCUAUUUGGACAGUGUGCAGUGACCAAAGGUUGCAUGAUGGCUGUUGUCACACACAUUGCUCAAUUUGUUAAGGAAUGUCAUGUUUUCACAAAAAAAAGUGAUUUGUAAGCAAUCCUUAAAUGUCACGUGGUCUAGUUGUCACAAACAAGAAACAUGUUGACAGCAUAGGAUGAUGAUUGCUGAGUGAACUGGGUUUAUCUUUGGUAUAAGGUAAUGUCCUUUUUUAUUCUUGCAAUUCAUAGUGACCAAGAUUCUUAACUUUUCAUGAUUUGGAGGUAUUUUUUAAUAGAAUCAUAUUAAAUCAGGGCUUCUUUCGAUGACAUUUGUCAUAAUGCUGUUCAAGCAUAUAUAAUCAUCUCAGGAGCUGUCUUCAGUAAUAGCUUGACAGUUUGGAAUCAUAAAGUCGUGCUUGCCUUCAUGGAGAUUCCGUGCCAGUAAAAGCAAAUAAAAUAAUAGGCAUCAAACAUUUAGCUCUGAGCACAGUUAGUACUUUUUUUUUUUAAAAGAGAUUGAGGGAUCCCUUCCAUUUUACAGCAAAUAUGGGCCAUUGUCGUGUCAUUCAUGAUCAUCCCUACAACCUGUCCCCUUUGGAGCCUAUGGUUCCAUUGCUAAAAAAGCUCCAUUAGGUUUUACUCUGCCACAAAUGAACAUUUUUUAUCUUUAUUUAAUUUUGUUUUCAUCCAUGGUAACAUCUUUGCAUCUGUUAAGUUUAUCAGCAUGAGUUCCAGUACACACUGGUGUGAUGACAAGCCUUUCAAAAUGCUGGUCUGGUUUUUUGUGACAGAUGACAAGAUUCUAAAUAGACAACAUAUCUGUAUGGCUUAUUUUUGUAGAUUCUGAUUUUUUUUUUUUAAAGUGUCUUAUAAGCCUGUGUGUAUGGGAGUGCAUGCAAAUAUGUGUGUUAUUUAUUUUUGUGCUUAGAGAAGCUACAAGGCCUAGCAAUAACAGCUACAUGCCUCAGUUCUGUUUCUGUAUUGCAUUAACAUCAAUUGUCUUCCACUUUAUCAUAGAAAUUGUUGUGGUAGAAAUUCCAUAGAGGUCUAUUUCAAAGUGUACAGUUAUCAUUGUCUUCUCUUUUUAUGCUUGAACUGUGUUUUGGGCUGUAGUUUGUGGAUGCCUUGGCAUAAGACAUUCAAAAUGAAUAAUUUCAGUGGAAUCCAAAAGUGAAUUUCAACACUUUUGCUUGCUUUUAAAAUAAAGAACCUAAAUUAAA